AUGACAUCAAAUGCCACAGUGACAAGCAAUUCAACGACAGAAAGAGUAGUAAAAAGUAUCCCUCAUCCACCCACUCACCGUUUGACGCUGGAAGAAGUGUUUGACAACAAAGGAGAACCUCGAAUUAAAGAAUUGAGACAACAUUUUAUACUUGAAGGUCGAGUUACUGAACAAGUUGCUCUGAAGAUUAUUCGUGCUGGUGCAGCGUUAUUACGAGAUGAAAAUACAGUUUUGGAUAUUGAUGCCCCUGUUACUGUCUGUGGAGAUAUUCAUGGACAAUUUUUCGAUUUGAUGAAACUAUUUGAGGUUGGAGGAGAUCCUGCAACGACUAGAUACCUUUUCCUUGGAGAUUAUGUGGAUAGAGGAUAUUUUAGUAUCGAGUGUGUUUUAUAUUUAUGGGCAUUGAAAAUUCUUCAUCCGACAACAUUUUAUCUUCUACGCGGUAAUCAUGAAUGUCGACAUUUAACGGAAUACUUCACGUUUAAACAAGAAUGUAAGAUAAAAUAUACAGAAGAAGUUUACGAAGCUUGUAUGGAAGCAUUCGAUUGUUUACCUUUGGCAGCGUUGAUGAAUCAACAGUUUUUGUGUGUUCAUGGUGGUCUUUCUCCGGAAGUUCAUACUUUGGAUGAUAUACGUCGUAUUGAUCGAUUUAGAGAACCUCCUGCGUUUGGUCCAAUGUGUGACCUUUUAUGGUCUGAUCCAUUGGAAGAUUUUGGUAGUGAGAAAUCAUUAGAUCAUUUCUCUCACAACAGUGUUAGAGGUUGUUCUUUCUUUUUCAGUUAUGCUGCUUGCUGUGAUUUCCUACAAACUAACAGUCUCCUGUCUAUAAUACGUGCACAUGAAGCUCAAGAUGCCGGUUAUCGUAUGUAUCGAAAAAAUCAGGCUACUAAUUUUCCGUCACUCAUCACCAUAUUUAGUGCUCCUAAUUACCUUGAUGUGUAUAACAACAAAGCUGCUAUACUCAAAUAUGAAAAUAAUACAAUGAAUAUACGUCAAUUUAAUUGUUCACCUCAUCCUUAUUGGCUGCCAAACUUUAUGGAUGUAUUCACUUGGUCUCUACCAUUUGUUGGUGAAAAAGUCACGGAAAUGCUGAUGAAUGUGUUAAGUAUAUGUUCUGACGAUGAGCUAAUGAGGGAAGGUGAUGACACCUUUGAAGGUGGUACUGUAGCUGCUCGUAAAGAAGUGAUUCGUAAUAAAAUACGCGCUAUCGGUAAAAUGGCUCGUACUUUCACAGUGUUACGAGAAGAAAGUGAGUCCGUAUUUGAACUGAAAGGUCUGACACCAAAUGGCAUGUUACCAUUAGGUGCAUUGUCUGGUGGGAAAGAAUCAUUAAAUAAAGCACUUUCUGGUGUUUCACUCAGAAAUAAAAUAAUCUCCUUCGAGCAAGCUAAAGCAUAUGAUCAAAUCAAUGAACGUAUGCCUCCUAGAAGAGAUAGUUCAGCAUCAACUACCACUUGUUCUUCCGUUCGAACGUCGGGUUCCACAUCUCGUCAAAGUGAUAGAAGACCAGCGCCUAGUCCACCCGUGGCCACUACGAACACUGUAGAUUCUGGUCAGAUGUCAAGCUAUCGGCGUCUCAGCGCGAAAAGCAGUACUAGCCGAGCAACCGCUGAUGAAAAUAACACUCAUCGUUCAUCGAGUAGUGGUGUCCUUCGGAAUAGUAAUGGUGAGACUGACGUGAACUCAAUAACGGAUGCUACGCUAACCUCAAUUUCAUCGAAUGCUCGAGAUACAAAUCCUACGAAUCCUCGAAUACCGGCUACUAGCUCCGAUAAUUCCACGAAAAAAUAA